UUGGCAGAUACAAAUUAAAACAUAAUUAAUUUUCACAGACUCCUAUUAGUGGAUGGGGCGAUUUAAAUGAAUAACAACAACGGGAAAUUUUGCAACUAAAUGUACCGGGAUGUAAAAGUAUUCGAUGUACUGAUAUAUAUGAGCUUUUAGCACUUGAGCUGCCACGGUGGAGAAACGUUUGAAUUAGUCUUAGAAACAUACACAUCGUGUUGUCUUUUGAUCGGAGUUUCCGCGGCAAGCAACGUACUGUUCUUCUGUCAUUAAAGAUAAUGUUUUCCACGCACAAAUAUAAAUAUUUUUUUAUGGGUUUGACAACGAUAGUCGUUGUGACAAUGAUUUGGCUGCGUGAUGACCAUGGAAUUGCUUAUAACUCCAGAAAUCAAAUCUACAAAACAUUUAACCAUCCAGACAUUUGCGAGGUACAUAAUGAAUUUGAGUUUGGAAAUUGGAUUGAUAUUUUCCCCGAAUUGAAAGCAAUGCAAAAAAAUAUGUCUGAGAAAAGGCUAGGAAAUUUAUUUAAAAGCACUUCUGCGAAAAACACACAACUGAAUAUUCCAAAUAUAAUAUACAAAUUGGGUGAUAACUUGAAAGCCACAUUAAUAGCCAAAGAUUAUGAAGAUACUCAGAAGACGUACGGUGGAGACUAUUUUCGAGCGAUUCUCCGACCUGUGGGUAAAACAAAAGAUGGAAUAUCGUGUACAAUUGAAGAUAAAAUGAACGGAAUUUAUUUGAUUCAAUGCUUGUUAAUAUGGUCAGGAGAUUCUGAGCUUCAUGUCUAUUUAUUACAUCCCAGCGAAAGCGUGAUGUUCCUCAUGCUAAAUACUACCGAUUCAAAUGGAGGUGUGCGAUAUAAAACUAAUUUUAUUAACUCUAAAAAGAUGAAAGAAUCUUCAGUAUGUGCACUGGAUUUUGGGAAUGAAUACAGUUUACCUCAACUAUGCAACUACUCCCAUCCCAGAAAUGGAGAACCUUGGUAUUGUGUAAAACCACUUUCUGGAGAAUGCAAUGACAUUGUAUGGCAAGUUGAAGAUGUAAGAGAAGUGCAAGUGAUUCCAAACGUGAAAAAUAAUCCAUUUUAUGAUACAAAUACAAACUGGAACAUUAGAAUCGACAAUGGUAGCAGACGAAUUCAUGUGAUCAACAACAAUGUAACCUGGAAUGAGACAAAACGACUCCCUUGCAAGGAAAUGCAUGAGCACAAUCUCAAUCCGAGUGUACCAACUGGUUUUAUUCAAAAUGGCGAAUGGAAGUCACUCGUUUGUAACAAUUCUGAAUACAACAAGCAAACGAUGUUGAAAUGUUUAACUAACAAAUCAGUAUAUUUCAUUGGUGACUCAACUAUUAGAACUUGGUAUGAAUUUUACCUUAAAGAAUUAAAGGCAAAAGAGACGCUAGUUCAAAUUCCAAAUUCUUGGUCCAGUCCAAGAAGGGCAGUGAGCGAGAAGCACAAUAUAACAUUACAUUAUAAAUCCCAUGGUCCUCCAUUGCGGAAUCCAGGGCCUCCUAUUUCUCGGCCGUACGUUACUGAUACUCUUGAAAAUAUUCCUAAUUCUGGAGACAAAAAUGUUAUUUUCUUCAGUAUAGGUUUUCAUUUUCAAGUUUUUACUCCACAAGUUGUAAUGCGCAGAAUAAAAGUGAUCAAAAAGGGAUUUGUCGAUAUUCAAAAAAGACUACCGGGUAUUCAGAUUUUUGUGAAAGGAUUUCACACUCAUACGGAAACAAAAGCUGUCAUAGCAAGUGAUUGGUUAAGCUAUCGUUUCGAAGUAAUUUUGCGACAUGAGUUUGGUGAAAUGAAAGAUGUUACAUAUUUAAGUAUGUGGGACGCAGCUGCUGUGAUUGAAAAUCCAUUAAUUCAUCCAACUGGCAAAGAGGAAAUUUUAUUUUCCGGUAUAUUCCAAUCUUUUCUUUGUAGUUCUUGACAUAAUGUUAACAAUUGAUAAAUCGUUGUUGGUAACUAGUACUUACGCAGUGAAAGGGUCUGGUAGCAACCAUUUAUUUUUGUUAUUGAACAUUUACUCAAAUAUGUAUUUUUACGAGCAGUAAAAUAUUUCUCUUUUUUUUGUAGCGCAAGUUUAAUUUUGUUUACAAAAUCUAUAAUAUAGUAUAGAAGAGUACGAAAUGCCCAAAAUGGCUCUAAAUUUUGGUAGGUCUUAUGAUAUUUAUUAAAAAGCAAAUGCAUAUGUUUUAUUCAAUUCCAGAUUCGAAUGAAAUAUAUAAUGUAUAAAUACCCUUUAUAUUCUGUUACAUCGUCUAACUAUUAAAUAUUCUUUGGAUUCCAAUAUCCAAGUAUCGAUCGUAUUUAUACUCCAAUAACGUACCUCAAUUAUCGAAUCGCGAAAUGAAAAGCGGCCUUGAAUUUAGUCUCUCAUUUCAAUUAUUAUCUCAUAUAUAUGAUUUUUAUAUCCAUUUUGCAAAAUUAUGUUUAUCGUGCUAAGAACGUGGCGUAUAUAUUAUCGAGUGUUUCACACACAAUCUAGCAACUUUAAUGAGCCGACAAUAAACACAAUUUGGUUUCUGCCAAACUAAAUACUUAUCAUUCUUUUAUGCUUUUGUGCCGGCGGAUCCGUAUGUAUAUACUGCAAGGAUGCUGUAGCAAGAGUAAAGAUAACAAUCCUAAGUGAUUCAAUGGUCUUGCUGCACACAAACACAAAUAUAUUUCUGUAAUUGAACUAUGUAUAUCUGAAGAAUUCUGUCGAGACGACGUUACAGAAAUAUUUGUGUUAGUGUGCAGCAAGACUCUUGAAUCACUUAGAAUAAAGGCGGAAUUUACAUUUUGCUUCGAGGGACUGGAUAGGCAUA